AUGCCAUUGCCUGGAGAUUAUACUCCGCACUCACUCACGCUGCCAUUGCCUCCCGCACUGGGUGGGCAGGAGGACGCGGUGCUGCUGCGCCACGCGCUGCAGUGCGGCACGAAGCAGUGGGGCGAGCUGGGGAGGAGCGGUCAGCUCAAGAGGAACAACAAGUCGUGCUGUAACCGUUACAUCUUCCUCCGGAGGAAGUUCACAGACCGCUUUCGCCAAAACUUCCUGCAAAAGCACCUGGGAGUUGCUGCACAACCCCAGAAUAUUACGUUCAACCGACACAGUCAGCCACUGCUCUGCCAGGAUGUAAAGCACCAGCAGCAGCAGCAGCAGCAGCGCUCGGAGGGCGUGGGAGCAGCAGCCCUGGCGUUCGGAGGGCUGUCGUAUGAGGAGUGCGUGACGGCGUUCCUCGCCCCCCACGCUCGCUGUUGCCUCCCACCCGCCCCGCCCAACCUCUCAUCCCUCGCCACCCCUCCUCCUGCUUCCCAGGCUCCUCCUGCUGUUUCCCAAGGCGCCACCUUCUCUGCUGUGGCUGAUUGUACCUACGAGUUUCCCUUCGCCCAGGAUGCUUUUCCCGUUGCUGCUUCCUCUAACACCGCUGCUCUGUGUCGGGCAGUGAAGCGACCAAGAGACGAUUGCCCUGAGGUGGGGGCACAAAAACCGCUGCUGGGACGCGAGAGCCAGUUGCUGCAAGGUGGGGUGGUGCGAGGCGGGACGGUGCAAGGAGGGAUGGUGCAAGGUGGAAUGGUGUGUGGCUCGGAAAGCCGGCGUCAGUCGGUGGCAGAGCAGUUCCAGCAGCAGGGGGCGAGCAGCUGCGUGCAGGCAGGUGAAGCAGCCCUUCUGGGGGCACUGCUGCAGGAGGAGCAUCGGCAGCUGCAGCAGGGAGGAGCGAAGAGCAGGGUGCAGCAGGUGGACCGGCCCCGCGUUGGGUCGGAGAGUGCCCUUCCAGACGACGUGCUGCUGGGAUUCAGCAGCGACGAACCUGCCUUCACGCAACGUGCUCCUCCGUCCACCCAGCCACUAGCAGCGCUGCCAGCGCCAAUGGCCUCCCCACUCGCUGCUCUGCGUGGCUCCGCGCUCUGCAUUGGGGAUUCCACCUCCUGCUGUGGGGAUGCAGCUCGGUGCAUUGGGGAUUUCGCAGUGCAUUCAAUGGACCGGCCCCGCGUUGGGUCGGAGAGUGCUCUUCCAGACGACGUGCUGCUGGGGUGCAGCAGCGACGGACCUGCCUUCAUGCAACGCGCUGCUCUCUCUGCUCCUCCACCCACCCAGCCACACGCAGUACUGCCAGCGCCGAUGGCCCCCGUCCUCGCUGCUCUGCUUGGCUCCGCUGCUUGCAGCACGAGCAGCUGCAUCACAGGGUCGCUUGUUGGGAGCAGUGCCCUCGCCGUGCCCUUGGCCACUGUGCCUCAGGCUGAGCGACCAGCAGCCCCUGGCGCUGCUGGGACAGCCGAGCCAGAGUGGGUGGUGGAGCAGGGAGGGACCAUGGAGGAAGGUCACCCGCACAGGCAGGAGUGCUUUCUCACCCAAGAGGCUGCUCUUGAGCAGCGGACUGCUUGUCAGCGUCUAGAGCUUGAACGCAUGCUCUCGCUGCCAACGCACCAGGCACAGCUGCAGUUACAUGCACUGCACACACCCACUAACCCCACGGGCGCGCACAUGCAAGCUCCCAUACGGGCACGCCCGGCCAUGCUGCAGCAGCGCUUCUCCACUGGUGGUGCUUUACCAGCUCUCUUCCAACCCCUUGCUGCCUCCUUGGCCCAUCAUGGCCGUUACUCUGGGAGGUGA